GACCUUAGAGUUCUUAUUGCAGACCUCUAAUUUGUUUGCUAUAAAAUAUUUUAGAAAAAAUUAUAUUAUUCGCCAGCCAGCUAUAUAAGGAGGGAAAUACCAGCCAGGUGUAAAUGAACUCUCAUUCACUACUUUUCACACCUGAAUCAGUACACUCUCAUUUUCUAUUUCUCUCUAGUGCCUAAUACAAUGAGUUCAACACUUGCAAACCACUUCAGCCACCCCCAGCAUCCACUAGUAGUGAAGGAGGAUGAUCUUCUUCAGGUGGAUGCUAAAUGCUAUGUCUGUGAAAAAUCAGUCAUAGGCUCUCUUUUAUAUACUUGUAAUAGUAAUGAUAUCGACUGUCGAAGUUUCUAUCUACACGAGAGUUGUGCAAAAUUACCCACAGAAAUUCAUCACCACCACACACACAACAAACACCCCCUGUUUCUCUUAUUACACCUUGAUAGUAACAUUUGUGAUGUUUGUUGGCAAUAUCGAAAUUGUACCUAUACAUGUGCUACUUGUGAUUUUGAUUUGUGCGCAAGUUGUGCUAAUUUACCACAACAAAUUAAUUUUAAUAAGCACAACAAACACCCUCUUGCUCUCCUGCCAGCCCCUGGACGUAACUAUUGUGAGCUUUGUUCUCGUUAUAUGAAUUACGCUUAUGGCUGUAAGCAUUGUGAAUAUGGCGUGUGUGUUUUCUGUCCUUUUGAACAGAGAGUGCUUAAUCAUGAAGGCCACCCUGCGCACACACUGCAAUUGAUGCACAAGGAAGCUUCGUUUAAUUGUGACGCUUGUUUUGGGGAUGCGAAAGACUCUUCCUAUGUCUGCACCACCUGUGAAUUCUGGAUCCACAAGCGAUGUGCUUUUGCGGCCUCGAUGAUUCCAGAUCCUUCUUAUCAUCACCACUCUCUGAAUCUUAUCUACUCCAUUCCUGACAUGCAUCGUUAUUUCCAGCAUUUCUGCUACAUAUGCGGGGAACUUGUUCGGAAGAACAGCUGGCUCUAUUAUUGCCACAAAUGCACAUUUUUUGUGCAUAUGACAUGUUCUGCUUCCACGGACUCGGUAUCUACGUCAUCUGAUUUUGAAGAGCAAGGCGACGGUCAUGAAUGUGAUUUGGUAGAAUUUCCUUUACCUAGUGAGGAAUCGGUACUUGAUCUUAUUCUUACCCAGUGUGGAAAGUUCCAAGUUGACAACGCUAUCGAGAUAUCAAAAUCAACAAAUGAUCCACAGAUAAUUGAGGAACACUGGAGCCACAAAGAUCAUCCCUUAGAAAAACUGCAGUUCAGUACUAGUGAGAAUGAAAAUAGCAACAAAAAUUAUGAUGAAGUGUUGAUAUGCGAUGGGUGCAUACAACCAAUAACCGAAUCCCAUCCAACUUAUUACGCUUGUAUCCAGUGUGAUUUCUUUCUCCACUCUUUCUGCGCCACCAAGAUACCGCUGGAGUUGCCUGUAGGAGGAUCCUCAUUCCACCCCCAACAUUCUCUUCAACUUCGAAAAACAGAUAAAUUCUAUAAUCAUGUUAAAUGUGGCGUUUGUUGGUACAAAACGAAUGGAUUCUAUUAUCACUGUGAACCUUGUGAUAUCAAAAUUGAUAUCCGUUGUGCAUUCUUGCCUGCCAGGAUCAAGCAUAAAUCUCACAAGCACCACUCCCUUGUUCAGCGUCCGUGCCACUCCCUUGUUCAGAAUCACCGCGACCAUGCUUCAUGCAGUUCAAGUAGAAUUCGUAUCGAUGGCGGAGUGGGAUAUGCAUGCGAAACUUGCACCAACUUCCAAAUUCAUAUACUUUGUCUAUUUUAUGCAAGUACGAUAAAACACAGAUAUGAUGAUCAUCCAAUAACCUUGAGAUACCCUCCAUUCUUCUACGAAGGGGUAAUCCGUUGUGAUGUCUGUGAAGAACAAGUUCACAAUCAGGGGUUGCUCUAUCAUUGUGGUAAUUGUGAUCAGUCUUUUCAUUAUAAAUGCCUCCGCUUGGCCGACAAUGUCAAACUUGGAAGGACAAUGAAACUCACUCUUAACAACCAACCACAUACACUUGUAUAUGUUGUAAAGAUGUCGGAAAGAAACGAGUCUCCCAUGUACAUCUGUGGCAUUUGUCGGACUAGCUACGAGUCUAGUUUUUUUCUCGAAUGUGAGGGCUGUGGACUCCUCGUCUGCCGUAAGUGUAUCAGCAAGCUGCAGUAAAGUAUCAUGGAAUUAUUUGCCGAAAUUCAGCUCAGCAUUGCUGUUCCUGUUUUAAUCUCUACUCAUAGUUCGUUUUGUUAAAACUUAUUUUAUUCAGUUGCACUCAUCAAGGUUACUUAAAUCAGCCCUAAAUGUUAGCAAGGGCAUUUUCUUAUUGAUCUUACCUUAC